GGCCAUCGCACUGCAUUGAACCUUCCCAGUUUUCCCACGCACGAAAGAGAGCAAACAACUACGAUGGGGAACGCACUAACGAAACCUAAGAGGUCAACGCUUUCGACUACCUCUGCGGUGGUCUCAGAAGGCCCCGUGAUAGAUGCGGCAAUGGCAAAACCUUCACACUUCUCUCUAGUGAUCCACGGCGGUGCUGGAGUGAUGUCCCCAGAAGACUUGCCACCCGCCGUGAGGGAGAAGUAUGUCCUGGGCUUGAAGGAGGCCUUACACGCGGGCUCAGCCGUCUUGAAAGCGUCUGGAAGCAGCUUGGAGGCGGUAGAGGCUGCUGUGCGCGUGCUUGAGGAUUGUCCUUUGUUCAAUGCAGGAAAGGGAGCGGUUUUCAGCCGUGACGGCAAGAACGUCUGCGAGGCUUCUAUAAUGGACGGAAGGAAUGCUGAGGCCGGGGCGGCUACACUGCUGACGACGGUCAAAAACCCAAUCUCUCUGGCGCGGAUCAUCAAAACCACAACUCCGCACGUCUUCCUUGCUUCCGUAGAAGCCGAGAAAAUUGCCGACGCAAACGGUUUGGAGAUUGUGGAUCCAACGUACUUCUACACGGAACACCGCUGGCAGCAGCAUAUAAGCGAAGGCCCGGCCCUCGCUUCCUCUCACAAGGAACCUGCUAUCACUUCCUAUUCCGCAACUGACGAGAGCAAAGUCCCCGAUCUGUACCCGCAAGGCACAGUAGGCGCUUGUGCCGUGGACGUAUUCGGCAACCUCGCAGCGGCAACAUCCACCGGUGGGAAGAACAACAAGUACACAUACCGGAUCGGCGACACGCCCAUGAUUGGUUCUGGCACCUAUGCGGAGAACGGCUACGCUGCCGUUUCGGGCACGGGUGAUGGCGAGUAUUUUAUACGAUAUGCUGUGGCGCAUGACAUUGUUGCGCGCAUGAAGUAUUGCGGAAAGCAUGUUUCUGUGCAGGAAGCGGCGCAUGCGACUGUGCAUGAGACUUUGAAGGGGGCUGGGGGGGCCGGUGGUGUCAUUGCCGUUGACGGACAGGGGCGAGUGACGCUUCCAUUCAACACCACCGGGAUGUAUCGCGGCUUCAUCAAGGACGACGGUGUGGCUCAUACGGCCAUCUUUGCCGGUGAAUGGUACUGAUUCGGCGGGACUGGAGUCCCAGCGGCGUAAAACCCCCCAUACUCCGGCGACGUAUCAAUAGGACAUCAGUCUCCCAUUGUUAGAUUUCCCCCAGUCCACAGACCGCGGUCAUUUAUAUACAUAUAUACAAUAAACAGAG